AUGUCAGACAAGAAAGACUGCGUCAUAAACGUUGGAGACGUCACUUCUCCUAAACCUGUUACCGCCGAGAAGCCCUCUACGAAGCCCAGUUUAGCUGCUGCUCUAACUCCUGCGCGGAUGUCAGCAUUCGUGCAGGAGUGGACGCCUUUCGGUCUCGUCGCUUCCUACUACAUCUUUUCCGUCUGUAUGUAUAUGUACUGCAGCAACGGGUUGAUUGCCGUCUUCUGGUUCAUCUACAUGGCAACCAACUUCUACAUUGCCGGAAUGACUGUCUUGGAGGCCUUCUUUAGCAUCACUCCUUGCCGCGAGGCAAGAGAAAUUGUUACCCAAGCCACAGAGAAGGGAUGGAACUUCCCCACGCCGAACAAGGACCUACCGAUUCUUGACCUCCUCAUAGUCGCCUAUCUCCCCAACGAGCAAGACAUCAUCAUGGAUCGCGCACACUAUGCGCUCAAGGAGAUCGACUACCCCAGAGACAAAAUUCGCGUUACCAUCCUCUACAACACACCCAAAGCUAUCGAGCCCCUAGAGACUGAGCUACACCAACUCCCCAUGCAGUUCUCGCAUGCUAGGGUCAUCAAAGUGCCCAACUCGACGUCGAAGGCCGACAAUCUAAACUAUUACUUCACCCUGGACACGGGCUCAGACCUCAUCGCCAUCUACGACUGUGACCACUACCCACAUCCGUACGCUUCUCGAUGGGCUGCAGAGCGCUUCAUGGCGGAAAAAGAUGUCGAUGUUGUACAGGGUCGUUGCAUCGUAUUCAACUCGGAUGACAGCUUCAUGACGCGGUUGAUUUCGGUCGAGUUUGACAAAAUCUACGCUGUUUCGCAUCCGGGUCGUUCCACCAUGUGGGGGUUCGGGCUCUUCUGCGGCUCCAACGGCUACUGGCGCACUUCACUGCUUCGCGACCUCAGGAUGGACGAAAGCAUGUUGACCGAGGAUAUUGAUUCAGCACUCCGCGCUUUCUCCAGGGGUGCCAAGACGGUCCAUGAUCUCAAUGUGACCUCGUACGAACUCGCCCCAACCACGUUUCAAGCCUUCUGGAAGCAACGGCUUCGUUGGGCUCAGGGCUGGGCACAAGCGAGUAUGCGGCACAUGAAGAUGGUCUACAACGAUGUCAACGACCCGCUACACGAGGAAUACACCAAGCGCAGUUUCACAGCCCGUUUCGGGGUGCUUUCGCUCCUGCUCAUCCGCGAGUCGUCGUAUUAUCUCGUCACACAGUACACAUGUCUCGUCUUAUCUUUUGUUAUCGUAAAAUUCCCAACCAACUGGGAAGCCCUGUGGAGACUGGUCUAUUUCCAGUACCCUGUGUCACAGUGGCUUUUUAUAAUCAGUAUCAUAUGCCUGUUCGCAACACUCUGGAUAACCAAUCAGGUCAAGUCCGAGUUUGUGUCGAGAAAAAUGAUUGUUCUCUUCUCCGUACUGUAUCCCUUUUACCUUAUUCUUAAUGCAACAAUCGGGCUUUACGGACACGCCCGCCAGAUUGUUAACUAUAGCUCCUGGAACCCUACGGCCAGGACGUAA